AGGCCAGGCCCAGGGACAAUAGCACUGAGAGACAGCGGAGUAGGCCGCAGUCCGGCGGCAGCCGCGAACCAGUCACCCAGCUUCCCGGGGCAGCUGCGCUAGCCGGGCGGCGGCGGUGCGGGGCCUGCGGGCGUCCGGUGGAGGCGGCGGAGAACGAGGAGGAGGAGCCUGAGGCGGGGAGGCGGCGAUCGCGGCCCGGGUUCCUGUCCGUCGGCCCGAGGUUCCGGUCCAUGGACCGCGGGCGCCGAGUUGCUGCCGGCGGAGGAGCUACCUUUGUGAGCUGCGCAAACCAUGCAGGAUGAUUUACUGAUGGACAAAAGCAAAACCCAGCCCCAGCCCCAGCAGCAGCAGCGGCAGCAGCAGCAGCAGCAGCAGCCCCAACCUGAGUCCAGCGUAUCUGAAACCCCGUCCACGCCCCACUCCUCAGAGACCCCCAAGCCGGAGGAAAACAGCGCAGUGCAGGCCCUCAGCCCAGCCGCUGCCCCGCCGGCCCCCAGCGGCUCGGACAAGAUGCAGAUGGAAUCACCGCUCCUGCCAGGCUUGAGUUUCCAUCAGCCCCCUCAGCAGCCGCCGCCGCCUCAGGAGCCCGCGGCGCCGGGCGCGUCGCUGUCGCCGUCCUUCGGCAGCACCUGGUCCACGGGCACCACGAACGCGGUAGAGGACAGCUUCUUCCAGGGGAUCACCCCAGUCAACGGGACCAUGCUCUUCCAGAACUUCCCGCACCAUGUCAACCCAGUCUUCGGAGGCACUUUCUCCCCGCAGAUCGGCCUGGCGCAGACCCAGCACCACCAGCAGCCGCCGCCGCCUGCGCCCGCGCCGCAGCCGGCACAGCCGGCGCAGCCCCCGCAGGCGCAGCCCCCGCAGCAGCGCCGCUCGCCCGCCAGCCCCAGCCAGGCGCCCUACGCGCAGAGGAGCGCCGCCGCAGCGUACGGCCACCAGCCCAUCAUGACCAGCAAGCCGUCCUCGUCUUCGGCGGUUGCAGCCGCUGCUGCCGCAGCCGCCGCCUCGUCGGCCUCGUCCAGCUGGAACACGCACCAAAGCGUGAAUGCAGCCUGGAGCGCACCGUCCAACCCCUGGGGCGGCCUGCAGGCGGGCCGGGACCCUCGCCGGGCGGUCGGUGUGGGCGUGGGUGUGGGUGUCGGGGUGCCUUCCCCGCUCAACCCCAUCUCGCCACUCAAAAAACCCUUCUCCAGCAACGUGAUCGCGCCGCCCAAGUUCCCUCGCGCGGCCCCGCUCACUUCUAAGUCCUGGAUGGAGGAUAACGCUUUCCGGACCGAUAAUGGUAACAAUCUGUUGCCAUUUCAGGACCGGAGUAGGCCCUAUGAUACUUUUAACUUGCACUCGUUGGAGAACUCCUUAAUGGAUAUGAUAAGGACUGAUCAUGAGCCUCUGAAAGGUAAACACUACCCUCCCAGUGGCCCACCAAUGAGUUUCGCUGAUAUAAUGUGGAGGAAUCAUUUUGCAGGACGCAUGGGGAUAAAUUUCCAUCAUCCAGGAACAGAUAAUAUUAUGGCACUUAACACCAGGAGCUAUGGGCGGAGACGAGGUCGAUCUUCUCUCUUUCCCUUUGAAGAUGCCUUCCUGGACGACAGCCACGGCGAUCAGGCCUUGUCAUCUGGCUUAAGUUCUCCCACUCGCUGUCAAAAUGGGGAACGAGUAGAACGCUACUCUAGAAAGGUGUUUGUUGGAGGCCUUCCUCCUGAUAUUGAUGAAGAUGAGAUCACUGCCAGCUUUCGCAGGUUUGGACCUCUCGUGGUAGACUGGCCUCACAAAGCUGAAAGCAAGUCGUAUUUUCCUCCUAAAGGCUAUGCCUUUCUGCUGUUCCAGGAGGAAAGCUCAGUACAAGCUUUGAUAGAUGCCUGCCUGGAAGAAGAUGGGAAACUGUACCUGUGUGUGUCAAGCCCCACCAUCAAGGAUAAGCCAGUGCAAAUUCGACCAUGGAACCUAAGUGACAGUGACUUUGUAAUGGAUGGUUCUCAGCCUUUGGACCCCAGAAAAACUAUCUUUGUUGGGGGAGUUCCACGACCCCUUCGAGCUGUUGAACUGGCAAUGAUCAUGGACCGUUUGUACGGUGGUGUCUGCUAUGCUGGCAUUGAUACGGACCCAGAGCUGAAGUACCCCAAAGGUGCUGGCCGCGUGGCAUUCUCCAAUCAGCAGAGUUACAUCGCAGCCAUCAGUGCUCGUUUUGUGCAGCUUCAGCACAAUGACAUUGACAAACGGGUUGAAGUAAAGCCAUAUGUGCUGGAUGAUCAGAUGUGUGAUGAGUGCCAGGGCACACGCUGUGGUGGGAAGUUUGCCCCGUUCUUCUGUGCCAACGUCACCUGUCUGCAGUAUUACUGUGAAUACUGCUGGGCGAGCAUACAUUCCCGAGCCGGGCGGGAGUUCCACAAACCGCUGGUGAAGGAGGGAGGCGACCGCCCUCGUCACGUCCCGUUCCGCUGGAGCUGAGCCACGGCCGACCCAGCCACAGUACUGGAGUAGAUAACAAGGAGGGGAGAGAGAGGGCACUGCCUCAGGGCUUACAGUGUUCUGGAAAUCUGUGCAUUCGUUCUUGAUUUUUAAAGAAGAAUUGGGUCUUUUUAUUAUUAUUAUUAAUUAUUAUUAUUAUUAUUAUUUACAGUCAUAUUACUGAACUCAGUGUCCAGUAUAAUGCAGAAUUGCAGAGUGUAGAAUGGUACUGAUUUGCACUUUGAUUCACACCUUUGUCUGCUUGGUACCUUAAUUUUUUAUACCUGAUUUGUCACUCGUGACAGUAUGUAGGCUGCCAUUCUCAUUAGCGGCCGUCAGGCUACUGUCUGUGAUUCUUUUGUUUGUUGCUGUGGUGGUGUUGUUCUGAUUGUUUUGAACUGGAGCAUGCACUUAUUUUCAGAAACUUAGAGAGUUGCCCCUAGAACAAGACUUACCAAAGGUAAUACUCGUGAGUAGGUGGCAGAUGUAGCAAAAACUUCACAACAAUUCAGCAAUCAUUAGUUCGGGUCACUUAGAGUAAGGAUAACCCUUCAUGAAAAUAAGCCUUUAGUUGCUCUCUAUUUUGACUUGUAAGGAUACCUCAUAAGCUGGAUCUUUUAUUUUUCCUUCAUGUUUGAUUUUUGUUUUGCCGAGGAUUUUGGUUAGAUCUUUUAGUAUUAUGUAAAUUUAUGCUGCAAUAGCUUUUGCUGCUAUUAAAAUGGUAUUAUUAAUACCAUAAUACUCUAUUCAGGCUAAGAUAUCAAUUAAACACAAAAACCCAACAACACACUUUUGUGAUUUUAGGGAUAGAGUCAGCUGCCGAAAGGAGAUCAGAAUAGACUUCAGAAAGCUUCGGUGGAAGGUCACUAUUUCUGACUGCAUGUUUACUUAAUCAGGUUGCUGCAUGCAAUAAAUUUUAUAUCCAAUGUCUAGUAUAAAACGUUCCCACAAUGCACAAAUUAAGAAUCUAUAUAAGCUAUAAAAUACUCAUUUUUUUAAAAAAGUUUUUUUCAUUCAAAGAAUUGGUAAUUGACCAGAGGAAGGCAUGCCUCAGUAAAUGGAAUGCUCUGAAUGAGAAGAGCCCAUAACAGAAUGACCUAUAUUACAACCGAUAUAAAACCUAGGUGUAGGAUAUUCUUCAAGCAAAUUUGUGGAUGGUAGAUGAAGUACUUUGCGGUGCUCUGUUAUAUAUUGUGCAAUUUAUUUUAUAUAGUAAAGUGAUUAUGUCUAACUGUGAUCAAACUUAACUGUUUAAAGCCUCUGUCAGACAUUAACGAACUUGACAGUUCAUAACUGGUAUAUUAUAAACUAACACAUGAGCUCUUAGUUACAAUCUCUUAGUGCUUGCACCAUUUUACAUAGCUUCAGACCUUGUCCAGAAAACCAAAGAGCUCAUCUUAGCUUACAAACACUAAGAAUAUAUACAGGAUAUAGAGAUAAGUUGUCAGAUUGACAAACUAGGCACAUUUUUAAGAAAGUUGUGUAAUGGUGAUGCUAAAGAAAUGUCUGUACAAAAUAAGAUGGCCUGGGCAGAGUUGGUUGUCUGGGUGAGAAACUAACUACUUAAUUCCCUGGAUUUAUCCUGUUAAGCUUGAGUAGAAUGAAGGCCUGCUGGCACUAGCGUGGUCUAGAAUGAAGGCCUGCUGGCACUAGCGUGGUCUAGAAUGAAGGCCUGCUGGCACUAGCGUGGUCUAGAAUGAAGGCCUGCUAGCCGUAGCGUGGUCUAGAAUGGAGGCCUGCUAGCCCUAGCGUGGUCUAGAAUGGAGGCCUGCUAACCCUAGCGUGGUCUAGAAUGGAGGCCUGCUGGCACUAGCGUGGUCUAGAAUGAAGGCCUGCUGGCACUAGCGUGGUCUAGAAUGAAGGCCUGCUAGCCGUAGCGUGGUCUAGAAUGGAGGCCUGCUAGCCCUAGCGUGGUCUAGAAUGGAGGCCUGCUAGCACUAGCGUGGACAUUUUUCUAGCAUUCACCCUUGGGCUGCAGAUAGUAAUAUAUAAACACACAACUGAUUGCAAGACUAUGUAAAUCUUUUUUUAAUCUUCUUCCUAUGUUUUGGAAUUCUGGGGACAAUCUGACUGGAUAUGACACUGCAGAAUAGAUUUAAGUCGCUGUGUUUUCUGUGCUGUGAUGUCCUUGUACUGUCUUAAGUUAGUGUUGCUUUUGUUUCGUUCUCCCAUGUUUGGUUGCAAUUACUGACUCUCAAGCUAUAGUUUGUUUUCAAAAAGGAAAAACAAAAUAGUUUUUUACUGGAUUAAAAAUGCUUAUUUUAGAAUUCUCCCCUUUUUAAGGCUUUUUGGUAAUAAUUGCUUUUUUCCAGCCCCGGUGUGGUUUUGUUUGUUUUUUUCUAUGUUUGUGGGUUUUUUUUUCAUCUGUACAAGAAAUUUUGUUAUGCACUACUACUUUUUGUAUUCUAGACAGUUUUCAAAAGUUGGCAGAUUUUUUUUUGUUUUUAAGGAAAAAGGCAUGCUUUCUGACUGACAUGAUCUUUUGCAAUACCUCAAUUUUGAAAUAUAGGAAAGAAAAUGAUAUUUUCUAAGUAAGUUUAUUCAGAAAAAUAUAUAUUAAUUUAAUUCUGCAAGAAAAUGAUUUAACAGAUGGGUAACUUUAUUUUUUUCAUGCUUAUUUGUGUUUUUUGAAAAUGAAGAAGUUAGAGCUUUAUAACUAUAAUAUUAAAGAUCAUAUCUAACCUACAGAAAUCUACCUAAUUAUGUGAAAGAAGCAAAACUUUUUGAAGAAGCGCCCCUCUUUCAUGUAUUAAAAUAACACUGAGAUUUUUUUAAAAAGCUGGAAGAUUGUACAGCAUAAAGCUAAAGUGAAGACAAAAAACAUUGUCCUGAAGAAUAGGUUACAAAAAAUAAACUCCAUUUGGUGCUGAACGUUGUGAAUAGAUGGUGGAAACUACUUUCCCUUAAUUUGUAUAUUUCUAAUCAAGCGUUGAUUGUGCGCGACUGACCAGGAUUGUGAAAGAGUUCUUCUGUUUGUAUUUUUUUAAAGAGAACUUUUUUAGUUUAUUAAAUUAUAACACGUUCCCUUUUGUUUUGUAAAUAAAUGUGCCCCCAAGUUGUUAAUGUUAUAUUAAAAGAGAGGGUCCUUCAAAAAAAUUAUUUUUUAAAACACAGAGGUGUUCUGACCUGCAACUUGACUGGGAAGCCCCUGGGUAACACAGGUCCUGCUGUGGCCUUUCCUUGGUGUGACACUUGAACUAGUCGAUUUUUUGAAGGCUAUAACUUAACCUCGACUAUUUGUUGUUAUGUGCAAUACUGUUUGUACUGUUUGUAUAAAAAAUAGAAAAAAAAGAAAAGAAAAAAGGCAUAAAUCUUUAUUGCAGAUUUAUUUUCAUUGCAAACUUUAGACAUUGUGAUUCACUGAAAUCAUUUUUCUACUGUCAAAUAUGUACCUUUUCUUCAUGCUGGUAUUUUUUCAAUAGUAAUGUAGCCUUUGUACUGAGACAAAUUUUCAUUGUUAUUUUUAGAAAGAUUUUUUGCUAAGAAAAAAAUUAAACAUAUUUACAUAUUUUUCAUUUUAUUUCGUAUUUUCUUUAAGGAGUGCUUUCUCAAUCAUUAAUAGAGUUGUUUCUGGGAGGGACUUUCAUAUCUGGUCAAUGUCAUAAUAUUAUUUUGUAUUUUUAUUGGAAUAAAUUAAUUUUAUGAUGCUAAUUCUUUAAAAGUUUAUUUUUUUCAUUUUCAGUUAUUUUUGAAGCUAAAACCUUUGUAAUAUUGUUACUAAAGUGUCUAGUUUUUUGAAAUGCAAAGCUUUAUGUAUUAACUUGCUGAUGUGGUUUACAAUAGUGUGACAACGAUGAAAAUGGUUGGUUAUGUAAAGUGAUUGGAAAUGUAACGGAUAAUUGGGUAAUAAAAUGACAGAAUGAGCAGAACAUGUGAGAUUUUGAGAAGCCUUUUCCUUUAUCACAGUGGUUUAGUGUAAGACUAGGGAUGUCACAGUGCAGUUCUCUAGGGAUGUCACGGUGGAUUUAUACAACACCAGGUGCAGCCAAACCUGUGGCCCUGAGAAUGAAGUCACCCCAACCGGAAUACCACCGGGUUUCAAAUCUGGCUAAGUCAACAGAAUGUUUCAUUGCUUUUUCCCCUCUAACUCUUCAUUAUGUCGUGUGUGUGUGUGUGUGUGUGUGUGUGUGUGUGUGAGAGAGAGAGAGAGAGAGAGAGAGAGAGAGAAAGAGAGAGAACCUGCCACCAACUGCUGUCCUUGUGUGAGACAGUGCCUUUCUCCCAGGCCGAAUCUUUUCUGUGCACUGACAGUGGUGAUGUCUGAGUCAUACAGGAAGUGGCUAAGAGGACACCGCCUUCGUGGCGUACUGCAGACCUCACCUGCAGGGUCUCACUCGUGCUGCCUCCCUGUAAGGCUCAGUUGGUGGCACUGAAGAAGCACACUCGGAUGUCACCACUGUCUGUGGACCCUGACUAUGUGUCGGGUUGCAUCUUCCUCCACACCCACGCCUGCUUCCUGUGCUGGUGCCCCUUGUUUGCCUUUCAUUGUGGCAACUGCGUGCAUGAUCUGUCUGCCUUUCUGCUGCUGCUUUUCCAACACCCUCCUCACCUGGAAGCUGUGCAGUUAAGGCACAGUCAUUAAUGUGUCAUUGCAAUAGCACCUACAGUCAAAGCAAAAACUACAACUGCAAAACUGGUGUUGCGUAAACAGAACAGCCAAUGACUUGCUCCAGAUAGAUGAUAUGUUUCUACUAGUGGUUGAUGGCCUCUUUCAGCUCCAUCGCUGUGGAGGUGAGGUUCAUCAAUAACUCAGAGAAACUUGUGUCCAGAGUUGGUCUUGGGUAUGCUCUAUGUAUUCAGUUUUGUAAAUAAUAUAUAGAUUAGAUCAAGUUGUGAUGUAAAAUUUUAACUCAAAUUGGGUACUACUGGUUGGAAUUUUACAUUAACUACAAAUAAAUGAUUAGGAACAGAAGAAAAGAAAUCGGAAAAUUCUUGCUUAGUGGUAUAAAGAUUAUGCUUAGAUUUCUGCCUAUAUCUUGUGUUUUAUAGCUUGUUAGUGAGGCAUGGGCUAAUGCAGAAUGUACUGCAUUUAUGCAAUUAGCGAAUAACUGCUAGUUUUCAUUUUAUCUAUUAUAUUAGCAACAAAAUGGCAUUUAACUGGGUAAAGCUCCUACCUAAAUAUUUGAGUAUUGUGACAUCUCUACUUGCAAGGUUUGAGUGAAAGAUUAGUCACAGAUUAGUGAAAAAAAUGUAUCUUUUUGUUAAAAAUGGCUUAUUUGAAUGGAUUGUUGCUUUUCACUAGCUUGUAUGGUAUGUCAGCUAACAUUUCUUUGUUUUUUUUUCUUUUAUAAUAACUAAACUUCUCUAUCUCAGCUGCAAUAGUGUUCCAUCUUACCACAGAGUGUUUUAUAAUUAAUGCUGUUGACUUUAUACCCCAAAAUGGGUCAAGAAGUGGCUAUAUGAUUCGGGGAUGUUUAAAUUUGUAUGAUGACAAAGUUAAUUGCAACAAGUAGAAAACUUGGGUGCUAAUACAGGAUAACUUAUGCUCUUUUUCUUACCUGGAUAUAGUUCUGUUGGGGUAUAAAGUAUUAGGUAUUUGUAUUUUUGCUGUCAAAAUAAUGGACUUAACUUUUAGGGUGUUCACAGCUAAGAUCUCUGUAUUUGUUUUUCAACUAACAACUAAUUUUAAAUGUAUUGUAUCUUUUAUUACUUGUUCUCUUAGAUUGUUUUUUGCUAGUAACCCUUACUCAGCUUCUGCCUUUGGGGCUUGGACUAAUAUUGCUUGUAUGGAACUACAGUACUGUGACUAAACAUGGAGCUCAAUGCAGCUACUGCUUACAACUGCUUAAACUUUGUAGUUUGGACUUCAUUUUUUUCUGUAAUAACAACUUAUUAAAUCUAGUUGUAUGAAGUA